GAAACCUGCUCCCUGCCUAGCAUGAAUAUUUUCCCUAGAUUCUGAAUUCUGGUAUUUUCAGUGCUCCAGGCUCCAUGACUCCCUUGCUUCGUAUGAGGCAGUCGGUCUGAGGUGGUCGUUAGUCUUUUGCCGCGAACUUCUUAGUUUACUGCACGGUGACCGACCAGGGAAAAACAAAACAUUGAUGUCACCCGAGAAACGGCCAAGGACAGCACUUCACAUGCCCAGAAGCAGCAACCUCUGUUAUAAGGUCAACGUUUUUUGGGUAUUAACGAGUCGCGAGCGAAAAUGGAGUUAAAGCGGUGGCAGGAGGAGAUAGUGGAGAUUAAAGACUCGGACCUGGCGGCUUUAGAGACCGUGCUUUGCGGCGCACAUCCCGGCGGAUUCGCCGUUUAUCUAGAGGAACUGGAGGCGGAGCACGGCGCGUCGCAGUGCAACGUGGUGUGGACGUACGGCGCGAUCGCGUAUCGGUGCCGCGACUGCCAGAUUAACGACGCCAGUGCCAUCUGCGUGAAGUGCUUUCAGGAGGGGGACCACCGCAAUCAUGACUAUGUGAUGUACCGCAGUGAGUCAGGCGGCUGCUGUGACUGCGGGGAUCCUUCCUCCUGGAAUCCCAAAGGAGCCUGCAAGCGCCAUCGCCAUCAGGACCCACUCAGCUGACACACCUAAGCCGCUGCCCGGGAAUCUCGGGCAGGUGACGGAAGCAGCUGUGGCAGCUGUGGUGGGGCAGCUGGUGCUGCAGGUUGGGCACGCUGUGAAAUUCCCACUGCAACCCCACAGGGACUCCUGAAGCUGAUUGCC